AUGCUCAGAGCGAGAAACCAUCUCGAGCGGCGCGAUGACUCUAAGACAUGUCCAUUGGAAGAUGCUCAUGGUCCACAGAUCAUUCCCUUCAUCGGCAACCUCACAUUCCACCAAUUCGCAACGAUCUUAUCCGGUGCCUGUGCCAUCCUCAGCACACUGAUCGUCGGGGCAUUGAUCGCACUUCACGCCUUCAACUACUCGAACCCCGUACAACAACGACAGAUCAUCAGGAUCAUGCUUUUGAUACCAUGGGUCGCCCUUUUCUCUUUCCUGGUUGUCUGGCGAAGCGACAUUGGAGAAUACCUAGCCCCUUCACUCGAUUUUGGUUGCUCGAUCGCACUUUCGUCGUUCUUACUGUUCAUGUGCGAUCUUGUCCUAUCGCAUCAGGAAGGAUUCGAUGGGUUGUUUGGAGAGGGAGCCAAAGCCAAGGGCGCGCUCAAAGUGAAUGGUCCAAUGUGGCUCAAGCGUACCUGGUACGGCGUACUCCAGUUUAUACCGACUAGCAUCGUCAUAUGGAUCUCCACAGCAGUUACCCUCGCUACUGGUACCUACUGCAAGCAAUCUAACGACGUGCACUUCGCCCAUCUCUGGCUCACGAUACUCAUUGGCUACACUACAACGGCCGCUAUCGUUUGUUCACUAAGGUUCUACAAGAACAACAAGAAGUUGCUACAGAAGCAUCGGAUCAUACUCAAACUGGUUACAUUCAAGGGCAUCCUCGGUCUGAAUUUUCUCCAAUCGUUCAUCAUUUCGCUGCUUGCAGGCCACGGAAAGCUUGAACCUACAAAGUACAUGACGUACCAUGAUGUCAAUAAUGGUCUUGCGUCACUCAUCCUCGCCUGCGAAAUGCCACUUUUCGCCGUACUUUUGCUCUUUGCAUUCUCGCCAUUACCGUAUAAGCAACACGGCAGUCCUGCCGCUGGACCACUCAAUGCCAUCGUCGAUGCGUUCAACCUCUCAGAUCUACUGUCAGCGUUCUAUCGAGGCCCUAUGAGAUUGGUCAGGGACCAACAAACACAGAUCAGGCGGCAGGACAGUGUCAGGAUUGCAUUGGUCUCCUCCAGUGAUGAGGAGGAGAGGAGAGGCCUCUCCGUCCCGUAA